UUGUUGUUUGUUGUUUAUUACGACAACCAUAUAUAGUGAAGAAAAAAAAAAUUUAUUUCCGUACAAAUGAAUAAAGUCCAAAGUGUUCAACGUAAUGUUCGUAAUAUAAUUCGUAUCAUCAUAACCAUUAUUGCUAUUGUGAUAUGUGCAUAUCAAAUAUAUAUUGUUUGUAAUCUAUAUCUUCGUUAUCCAACAACGGUGGAUAUUCGUGUGGAUCCAUCACCAUUUGUACAUUUACCAGGUAUUACUGUUUGUAGUGAACUAUCUAGUACAAUUUUGGUGGAAAAAUUAAUCAAAAUCGAACCAAGUAUAUAUGAUGAUUUUGUCGGCAAAACACGAACACAGAUAGCAAUGAUGUUGAAAAAAAGAAAAUAUCGUGAUAAAUUAUUGAAAUCAUUGCAUUCACAAACCAUCGACAUACAACAUAAUCUGACAGUAUCAACGGAAAAAUUUUUUAAAAAAUGUCAUCUAGCCACACCACUUGGACAAUAUCUAAAUCGAGUGUCUAAUAAUAAUUAUUAUUCAUCAACAUUGAUGCAUCCAAAUUGGGACCUCCAAAGCUAUAAUCGUAUCAAUUGUAGUACAUUGAAUCCAAUUCAUGAAACAAUUUCAUAUGAAUUUAAAUGUUUUACAUUAUUUUUGAAUCGUACCGCUUAUCAAGAUAUCAAUUAUCAGAUACCAAAAGAUGCUGCAGCUAAUCUUAAAUAUUUAGCAUGGAUCGAAUUGAAUCGUGAUUUUAUGUUCAACGGUUUGAUCUAUAUUCAUUCACCUGAAAUGUCACAUCAAUUUGCUGCAACUAGCAAUAUUCAACAAUUAGAUCCGGAUAAACAUCAAUUUGUUAGCGUAUCAUUUGAAAGACAAAUAACCAAAUUAUUGCCACCACCAUAUGCUACUAAUUGUUAUGAUUAUCGUAAAGAUGGUUAUGCAUGUCGUAGUGAUUGUAUGACGGAAUGUAAAACAAAAACCUAUGUACAACGUGCAGAUGGUUGGCCCGGUGAUGUUUAUGCCGAUAAUAAUGUAUCGUAUCGAUUUUCAAAAACAUGGACCAAUUCUUGGAGUUCAUCUGGACAUCUUGAAGAAGGUUUAGAUGCAUCAGAAUUAGCAGCAUGUAGCUAUCAAUGUGGACAAAUGGAUGAUUGUGAAAGUGUACAAUAUGAUGUACGUACGGCUCGUGUACGUGAAAGAGAUGAAGAUGAUAAAUCACAAAGUCAUUCAUUUACCAUUGGUAUAUUACCACCGAAAAAUUUCCAAAUCAUUAAUGAACAUGUGCCGAAAUUUGAAAAAAUUGAAUUUCUGAUUUAUAUUGGUGGUCUAAUUAGUCUUUAUAUGGGCAUAUCGUUCCGAUCCAUCGGUGUAUCAAUAUUAAGUUGGGCAACAUUCUCAUCUAAACAUCAAUCCGGUCUUUGUAUAUGGUGUUGUCGACAAACAGAUUUAAAAGAUAAUAAUACACCUACUGCCAUUGCAGUUGCCACAUCAGCAACUGGUAAUAAUCAACAGGCUGAUAAGACAAUCUAUUAUAAUCUUCCGCCACCGACAACGACAAUAUUCUAUAAUAAAGAUUACAAAUGAUGAUGAUGAUGAGUAAACCUACUUACGAAUUUUCGAUUUACGAACAAACUUCAAUUGGGACAUUAAAAAUUUAAGUUUUUUUUUAUUAUUUAAGAUAGAAAAUUGAGAAUCAAUUAUAAAAACAACAUCAUUCUGCCUUUGAUAAAAGUUAUUUAUACAUUGAAUAAAAUAUAUUUUGGCUAUACUA